CCUUCCGCCCCGUGACCCGGAAGGAGAAAGGUGGGGGGGUCCGGCUCAAGAUGGCGCCUCCCACGCCGGUGCUGGCAGUUCGAGGAUCUGAAGGACUCUAUAUGGUCAAUGGGCCUCCUCAUUUCACAGAGAGUACAACAUUUCAAAGGGAUGCUGGGAGAAACUGCAAAGUUUUUGCUUUCAGCAAAGAUGGUUCCCUCUUUGCUUGGUGCAAUGGAGAACAAAUAAACAUUGUGAAUGUCACCAGCAGCACAUUACUGCACUCUUUUGAUCUGCCAAAGACAGUUUGCCUUGAAUUCUCUCCAAAGGGCAAUAUCCUGGCAACAUGGCAGCCCUACACAACUGCUAAAGAUGGUGCUGCCGGGGUGCCCAACCUCCAAGUGUUCGAUGUGAAGACUGGCAAGUGUUUGAAGUCCUUCAUCCAGAAAAAGAUGCAAAACUGGUGUCCUUGCUGGUCAGAUGAUGAAAGCAUAUGUGCCAGGAGUGUUAACAAUGAACUGCACUUUUUUGAAAACAACGACUUCAGUACAAUUGCAAAUAAACUGCAUUUGCAGAAAGUCACCGAUUUUGUGCUAUCGCCAGGAGAUCAGCUGAGCAAGGUUGCAGUCUAUGUUCCUGGAAGCAAGGGGGCUCCAUCUUUCGUAAGACUCUAUCAGUAUCCUGUCUUUGGAGGCCCGCAAGCUGCACUGGCCAACAAGAGUUUCUUUAAGGCUGAUAAGGUGACACUGCUGUGGAAUAAUAAAGCCACAGCUGUGCUCGUAAUUGCCAGUACAGAAGUUGACAAAACAGGAGCUUCAUAUUACGGAGAACAAACUCUGCAUUACAUUGCGACAAACGGGGAAAGUGCUGUUGUACAACUACCAAAAAAUGGCCCUAUAUAUGAUGCAGUCUGGAAUCCCAAUUCCACGGAGUUUUGUGUCGUAUAUGGUUUUAUGCCUGCCAAGGCGACCAUCUUCAACCUGAAAUGUGAUCCCGUGUUUGACUUCGGGACUGGCCCUCACAACGCCGCCUACUAUAGCCCACAAGGACAUAUCUUAGUGCUCGCUGGAUUUGGAAAUCUCAGUGGACAGCUAGACGUGUGGGAUGUUAAAAACUACAAACUGAUCUCCAAGCCUCAAGCCUCGGAUUCCACGUAUUUCGCCUGGUGUCCUGAUGGAGAGCACAUCGUAACUGCAACGUGUUCUCCUCGGCUGCGAGUCGGGAACGGGUAUAAGAUCUGGCACUACACCGGCUCCAUCCUUCACAAAUACGAAGUCCUGCCAGAUGCAGAGCUCUGGCAAGUUGCCUGGCAGCCCUUUUCGGAGGGAACAUUUCCGGUAAAGGCAGUGAAGUACCACACCGUUCCAAGCAAAGUGCCGAAUGAGGAGCCAAAGGCUGCCCAAGCAUAUAGGCCUCCAGCUCUGAGAAACAAACCCGACACUAGUUCUAAACUUCAUGAGAAUGAGCCACCACAGAACAUGAGACCACAGAGUGAUAAGCCGUUAUCUAAAACAGCGCUCAAGAAUCAAAGGAAGCACGAGGCAAAGAAAGUUGCUAAACAGGAAGCUAGAGUUGAAGGGAACCCAGAAAUUGCUCCAAGCUCACCUGUACUGAAUGCUGUUCACAGUGUGGCACCCUCUGUCACAUCAGGAGAUCCUGAGGUAGACAAGAAGAUAAAGAAUCUCAAAAAGAAGCUAAAAGCAAUUGAGCAGCUGAAAGAUCAAGCGGCCACGGGCAAACAGCUGGAGAAGAACCAGCUGGAAAAGAUUCAGAAAGAAGCUGCCCUGCUGAAGGAGCUAGAAGAUUUGGAGUUGGGCGUUUAGAGCUUUAUGGAAAACAAAUCAUACGGUUUUGUCCUGAACAAAAAUUGAUUUA